GACGAGAUCGUACUAUUAACAGAGUCGUCGGAGUCUCAUGCAUAGUUCCGCAUACCAAGCAAUAGAUUAGUGAGACGUUCGAGUCAACUAUUUCCGUGACGUGAACAAGCUCUGUAACUUCAGUUUAACAUCUAUCAUUCAAUACUUUUCGUGGAGAUCUUCAGCAUAAAAGUCAGUGUUUUGUCAACGUAGUUCACUGUUUGCUUUAAAUUCAAAACUCAACAUUCGCUACCACCCACCCAUCCCACUCUGGGCCGUGCAAGAAAGCAACCGAAAAAGCUCAAACACGACAUACUAUCAGAAUUAACGGAAAAACAUCGAAAAGCUAACAGCCAGCAGACAGAAUCGCAAGUGAGGUCGAAGCAUAGCAGAUUGUUGUUCGUUAGUCGCAGUCGAACGUUUUGGAUACAACAGUUGAGCUCCAGUAGCUCUCGAACAGCUCCAUUAACUCCGGACAAUCCCGAGCUGGAUUAAGUACUUAAACACUACCGCGGAGUUGAACGAAGAGCUCGAAGAGUCUUCUCGCUAUUGUGUGACCAUUGAAGGGAAAGUCCUCAUCGUAGUCCAGCACACUGCCAUUGCAAGGAUAAAAAGUCGCCCAGAUACAGUCUACAGCAGAAAAGAUACGUAAUCAGCAUUUCCCGAAGAUAGAUACUUCCAGUGACAAAGACAUCAGACUAGUGCAUAAGAUACCUGCAUUAGGCACUCCAAUCAGUCGACAACACCUUCUAAUCCGGCGUGUUGUGAGAUAUUUUGCAGUCAUCAUUCAGCUAUUUUUAGUGCCCCUCGAACGGUGGAGAUCACAUCCAAAAGCCAGCCGAUAAGAUAAAGACACCCCUUUGCUUACAACCGAAAGAUAAAGCAAUUACCGAAACCGGCGAGGAACUUGCUCAAGAAAUCGUGUUUUCAGUCGUCGCGAAAAAGUGUCGCAUUCAGAAAAGCUAACGACUGUUACGGCAGGUGAUUAGUAAGCUUUCGAUAGUCAACCGUUCAGGUGUUCUAAAGUUUUCGCUCCUCGACUAGAUACACACUACAUUGUGAAAGAUACCGCGGGACGUCUUUAUUCGCAAAGAUACAGUCCAAGCAAUUGAAUAUAGCGAGAGAAUUUCAAGAUCACAUCCGACCAAGUAGAAAGUAAAUCUUUGGAAAAUUGUAGUGCAUUUUCUCAAGCCAAACAAAAGUGAAAGCGUUCGCCUUGUCCUUAAGUCCGAUAUUUUAAGAAACGGAAGUUUAAGAAAAUUGAGAUUUUUAUACAUAAACACCCGCGUACGGCAGCGUUUAGUAUUCAUUUAAUUGUGGCUCACUAAUGACUCUAAAUAACAGAAGAUUUUCGGUCACUAGCAUAGUUUGUUCGGUUUCGUUGCUCAAUUCAGUGAGAGAGUUUGAAUCGUGUUAAGUGACGUCUAGAUCCACUCAGCCAAACAAUACUUCAUAUUAUCCAGCAAAUUGAUGACCUGAAUACACAAUAUUUUGGACAAUCUCAAAUGAGAUAAAAACGUGUACAUCUCAUCAUUUAGUCUAAGGAGCUGUACAUAGAUUGUAAUUAAAAUUCGUAGUCACGAAUAUUAGAUUUUUAUAAAUACGUAGAAAAACUUAGAGCAAACCGAAUGAAAAAUGCUUCGAGGCGGCAACAACGUACCAUCAGUUAGACGACACAAUAUGGCAACCAUAUUUUGUACUCUGAUGAUAGUUUUAUCAGCAAUAGUAAGCUCAGUAAUACCAGCACCAGCACCAGUACAGAAAACAGCCCAAGCUGAGAUAUACCUAUCGCAAUUUGGAUAUUUACCUGCCUCAGCCAAAAAUCCAUCAAGUGGUGGAUUACUUGAUCAGGAAACAUGGGAGCGAGCUAUUAGAGAUUUUCAAUCAUUUGCGGGCUUAAAUGUGACUGGUGAAUUGGAUUCAGAAACUACAGAACUAAUGUCAUUGCCACGAUGUGGUGUACGAGAUAAGAUUGGAUUCGGCUCUGACUCACGAUCAAAACGAUAUGCACUACAAGGAAGUCGAUGGAAGGUUAAAAACUUAACAUACAGAAUAUCAAAGUAUCCAAAACGGUUGAAGCGAAGCGACGUUGAUGCUGAAUUAGCUAGGGCUUUUGCUGUCUGGAGUGGAUAUACGGACCUUACGUUCACGCCAAAAUCAACCAAUCCAGUUCAUAUUGAAAUCAGAUUUGAAGAAAACGAACACGGCGACGGUGAUCCAUUUGACGGUCCAGGUGGUACUCUAGCUCAUGCCUAUUUCCCAGUUUAUGGUGGAGAUGCCCAUUUUGACGAUGCCGAGCUCUGGACAAUUGGUAGUCCACGUGGUACAAAUUUGUUCCAAGUCGCGGCGCACGAAUUUGGACAUUCAUUAGGAUUAAGUCAUUCAGAUGUUCGAUCAGCUUUAAUGGCACCGUUCUAUCGUGGUUUUGAUCCAGUUUUCAAAUUAGACUCCGACGAUAUUUAUGCUAUUCAAGCGCUAUACGGUAAGAAAACAACAAGGGGAGCAAGUUAUCCCACAUCGCCAAGCACAAGGAAACCCUCGUUCGUACCACGUGCAGAGGAUAACGAAUUGUGUAAAGAUCCACGAAUUGACACAAUUUUCAACACUGCCGAGGGAUUCACGUAUGCUUUCAAGGGUGAUAAAUAUUAUAGACUGACGGAAAAUGCUGUUGCUGAGGGUUAUCCAAAAUUGAUUUCAGAAGGAUGGCCUGGUUUGGAAGGCGACAUCGAUGCAGCUUUUACAUAUAAAAAUGGUAAAACAUAUUUCUUCAAAGGCACAAAAUAUUGGCGAUAUUAUGGACGACAAAUGGAUGGUGACUAUCCUAAAGAAAUUAGUGAUGGUUUCGUUGGAAUACCGGAUCAUAUUGAUGCGGCCAUGGUGUGGGGUGGAAAUGGAAAAAUUUACUUCUAUAAGGGUACAAAGUUCUGGAGAUUUGAUCCACUCAAACGACCACCAGUUAAACAAACAUACCCAAAACCAAUUUCAAAUUGGGAGGGUUUGCCAAAUAAUUUAGAUGCCGCCUUACAGUAUACAAAUGGUUAUACAUAUUUCUUCAAGGGUGAUAAAUACUAUCGGUUUAACGAUAGAACAUUCUCGGUUGAUGAAGUGAAUCCACCAUUCCCCCGCCCAACAGCCUACUGGUGGUUCGGCUGCAGGAACGUGCCAUCAACGUUCGGUCCACUAGGUAACGUAGUAGCCGAAGAACAAAGUUUGUCAAAUAGUCAUUCAGAUAUUGAUGAUUUAGUAUUUGAUGCAGCCGACACCGAUGACAGACCUGCACACGAUGAACAAAAUGGUGGUAAUUCUGGAGGUAGAAUUCUAACCAGCAUAACAAAUGUGUUCCUGCCAACUGCAAUUUUGAUUGCCGUCACAAAACUUUUAAAUUGCUAGAAAAUACUAUUAAAUAAAAAAAAUUAUUAAAUAUUAUUUAAAAUUUGUAUAUUAUUAAAAUUAUUAUUAUUUUUUACAACGCCGAGCGAAAAUCAUAAAUUUUACAGUAACUAUUUAUAAUGUGUAAAUUUUGUUGUCAAAGAAAAUAGCCAAACGUUCAACAAAACACAUAAAGAAGCGAAUGGAUUGGAAAAAAUAACACUCCAAGAAUAUAAAAUAUAUUUUGAAAUUUUUAGUGCCUUUCUGGAAGCCUAUGAAAAAAUACCAGGAAUAUUUUUCUAUCAAAAGAAGCCUCUAAAGAAGUUUUUAACAAAAGAGUUUUCCAACGAAAAAGUCAUUUGAAAGCAAUAAUUUUCAUUCCAGUUGAAAGCAUCUCCAUAAUAUUAUUAAUACUUAAUUAGUCAUUUGCCUUAUUAGUGGUCCGAACUUUAAAAGUAUAAAUAAUUUGGUUCCUGUGCGAUGAUAGUUAUUUUCACACUAUUGAAUCGUUAUUAGAACAAAUGUUAUGAGUGUGUGCUUUUUAAUCACAAAGCAAAACACCUUUCCUAAAAUAAAUAUAAAAAGUAAUUGAUUUGAAUUGCGCAAAGAGUAUGCAAUUAAGUGAAUAAUAUUUGGAUGAAAGUGUCGAUGUGUUGAUAUUAAUGAUAACUUGAAAUGAAUGCCUUGAAUAGUGAGCAAAACAAACGAAAUCGAAUUAUAAUACUAUCAUCAUUAGAUUCAAUUAUUCAAAAUAAACAAAAAACAAGAAAGAAACAUCCAAACGAAACAAUUCAUGCUUUUUAUAUAUUCACAUACAUUAUGCUACAUUUCUUUUUAGUUUUUAGCUAUACGUACUUUUUUUGUGACUUUAUUAAUCUAGUUAUAUACAUUAAGAUUUUUUAAAUAAUUUUUAUCUCUUGUUAUAACGUUAAGCUUUAAUAAUUUUACAAAAUGAGGAAGAAUCAAAAUUGAAAUGUAAUUACAGUUUUUCCAAUGAACAAAGUGGUAGGAAGAGGAAUAACAUCAUCAUCAAAGAGUGAAACAGCUAAAAUACUGAUGAAAAUUAUGUGCUAUUGAAAUAUGAAUUUUUAGAUCUAAAUGUUUAAAUUUCGAUAGUAAUUUGUAUAUUACAAAAGGAAAAUCGAAAUAAAAAUGUAUUUUAUUAUAAA